GCUGCGGAGGUGGGUGGGAGACAGCUGUGCCUAGCACUGCAGGCUUCAUAGGAUCACAGAGCCCCAGCCCCUCCAUGGAACUGCUGUAGAAUGUUCUGCCUGAAAGCAGUCUCCAACCUCGAUGAGGAGAGUCGAUGGACAGUCCACUACACGGCUCCAUGGCAUCAGCAGGAGAACGUAUUCCUUCCUUCCACCAGACCCCCCUGCGUGGAGGAUCUGCACCGCCAAGCCAAGCUCAACCUUAAAUCAGUAUUGAGGGAAUGUGACAAGCUGAGGCAGGAUGGCUGUCGAAGUUCUCAGUACUACACUCAGGGACCCACCUUUGCAGCCAACUCCAGCCCACUGGGCAGCGAGGACCAAGACGAGGAUGCAGAAAGAAACCGAAAGUGUUCUCUCUCUUCAUCAGAAGAGGAAAGACUUAUUGGCAUCAGGAGACCUAAAACGCCAACCUCAGGUGACCUUAAUACACAGACAAACUGGACCAAGUCACUGCCACUGCCUACACCAGAAGAGAAGAUGCGACAGCAGGCCCAAACAGUCCAGGCUGAUGUGGUCCCUAUUAACAUAACUGGGGAGAAUUUCGAUCGCCAGGCCAGCCUUCGGCGGUCACUAAUUUACACAGACACUCUGGUAAGACGACCGAAGAAAGUCAAAAGGAGAAAGACUAUUACAGGAGUCCCUGACAACAUUCAGAAGGAGCUAGCAUCAGGUACUGGCCAAGAUGAUGUUGGUGGUCACUCGGUGCACACCCCAGACCACUACUCUACAUUAGAAAGACUUGAUAGCUAUCAGUCUGCUGUGCAGUGCUCAGAAACCAGGGGCUCCAGCUGUCAGACUGAGGAUGUGAAGGUUGUUCCACCUUCAAUGAGAAGAAUCAGGGCACACAAGGGGCUAGGCAUUGCCGCCCAAAUGAGCCACUUCUCAGGCUCCUCUGGGAACAUGUCUGUGCUGAGCGACUCUGCGGGUAUUGUGUUCCCUUCUCGCCUCCACAGUGAUGCUGGUUUCCACAGUCUUCCACGCUCGGGAGCUAGGGCAAGCACCCAUUCCCUGGAUGCAAGGCUGCGUGCCCUGGGCCCUGCAGAAGACAUGGAAGACCCUUUCCCCUACCAGAGGCCCAAAUCCCAGGAGAUGAGGCACUUGGAAUUUGAAACUGUAACCAGCCCAGCCUGUGUGGUUUCUCCUCAUGCCACCUACUCCACCAGCGUCAUCCCAAAUGCCACACUCUCAUCCUCUUCUGAGGUUAUUGUUCUUCACACUGCUCCGAGUGCAGGGCAGCUGGACAGUAGGAAGACCAGCUCCUCCUCAUAUGCAAAGGUAAAAUCCAGGGACCACCUUAUUUCCAGAUGUACUGUGAAAGACGAUCAUCAGCCUCCCAGUCGUCACUGGAAGGCCGGUCACUCACAGGCCUUAGACUCCCCUUCCCCCAGUGCCACCACCCUGUUGUCCCUCUGUGAUUCAGACAGCUCUCUAAAUGCCCCAGCAAACAGGGAGAAUGGGUCCCAAGCCAUGCCCUAUAAUUGUAGAAACAACCUGAGUUUCCCAGCGCUCCCCCAAGACGUGGAUGCCAAAAGCGAGUCUAGUUAUUCAGGUGACAGAGGACACGGUGGCUCGGAGCCCUGGGAAUACAAAGCCUCCAACAAUGGGCGGGGCUCCCCACUGAAGCCGCACCUGGCCACUCCUGGUUACUCCACUCCCACGAGUAACAUGAGCAGCUGCAGUUUGGACCAAACAUCCAUUAGAGAGGAUACCAGGUCCCUGUAUUCAGAGGACCACGAUGGCUAUUACACAUCUCUGCACAGUGACUCUGGACGUGGGUCUGAGCAUCUGUGCAGUAGCAGUGAGGGCUUUGGGAACCCCAGGCACAGCGUAGUCAAUGUUUUUGAUGGAAGAGCUCAGAAAAGCCAAGGGGACCGGUCCAGUUAUCUUGAUAAAUCCCUUUCUAGAAACAUCUCUCUGAAGAAAGCAAAGAAGCCUCCCCUGCCACCCUCCCGGACUGACUCUCUCCGCAGGAUUCCCAAGAAGGGCAGUCAGCCCAAUGGGCAGGUGCUCAACGAGAACCUGAUCGCCACAUUGCAGCACUCCCUGCAGCUGAGCCUCCCGGGCAAGGGCAGUAACUCACCCUCACACAGCCCCUGCAGUGACUUCGAGGAGCCCUGGCUGCCUCGCUCCCGGAGUCAGAGCACAGUCAGCACCAGCAGCAGCAUGACCUCAGCCACCACCCCCAACGUGUAUUCCCUAUGCGGGGUCACGCCGUCACAGAGCGACACCAGCAGCGUUAAGUCAGAGUACACGGACCCUUGGGGUUACUACAUUGACUACACAGGCAUGCACGAAGACCCAGAGCACCCAGCAGGGGGCUGCUCAGCCAGCAGUGGGACUUCAACUGGAAAUGGGCCAGUCCGCCAGGUACAAGAGGGAUCCAGGCCCACAAUGCCCCAUGUGCCUGGUGGCUCAGUCAAACCAAAGAUCACAUCACCAGAGAAGUCACAGAGAGUCACUUCUCCAUCCAGUGGCUAUUCCAGCCAGUCAAAUACACCCACAGCACUCACUCCUGUGCCUGUGUUUUUAAAAUCCAUGUCACCAGCAAAUGGGAAGGGGAAAACCAAGCCCAAGGUACCAGAAAGGAAGUCCUCUCUGAUCUCAUCGGUAUCCAUUUCUUCCUCGUCCACUUCUCUCUCCUCCAACACGUCUACUGAAGGAAGUGGCACUGUGAAGAAGCUGGAUUCAGUCAUGGUUUCACCCUUGGCUCCUCCUCCUCUCCCAUCUUCACAUCCCACUGACAAAUCUUUUCUUCUUCCUCCUCCUCCUCCUAUAGCAGAUUGCUCUGAGGGCCCCCCUCUGCCUGCCUCUCCUGUAUUCCCUCCUCCACCACCAGAAGCCCUGGUCCCCUUCUGCCCCACCACUGAUGGGUGCCUUCUUCCUCCCCCCACAGCACUGAGCCCCCUCCUUCCAGAUUCCUCUGCUCCUUUGCCAGAGCCUCCACCUUUCUUGCUCACCUUAGAGCCCCCACCUGCCCCACCUCUGGACCCCAAAUUCAUGAAAGAUACCAGGCCUUCUUUCAAAUACUCUUGUCAGUCCGAGUCUUCCCGGGAGGCCUUCAAGCCACCUGUGACCAAGGAGGACAGCGGCAGGCCCCCCAUGCCCCUGAUCACCACAGAAGUGUUGCAGACGGUACAGCUGAGGCCCGUGAGAAAGAACUCUGGUGCCGAGGCAGCACUACUGUCUGAACCAACAGCUCAGGAACAACGAACUCCGACUGCUCCACAGUAUCACUUAAAGCCAUCUGCUUUCCUCAAAUCCCGAAAUAGCAUAAAUGAAAUGGAGAGUGAAAGCCAGCCUGCCUCCCUGACAAGCUUGCUUCCGAUGCCUGCCAAGAGCCCAAGUCAGGGUGACCACGACAGUGCAGCCGAGCGUGGCAGCCCUCCGAGCUGCAGCCAUGGAGCUUCACGACUGGAGCCCAGCACUGGGGAGGCAGAGGCUCGGCGGGUCCCCAGGACUGCCCCACUUCCAGACUCUUCACCCAGCAAGAAACCACCCCCCAUCUCCAAGAAGCCCAAACUGUUCCUUGUGGUGCCACCUCCGCAGAGAGAUUUCACAGCAGAGCCCACAGAAAACGGGAGAGAAGCCUUUCGAGGGGUGCCUAGCCCCACCAGGGUAGGAGAGGGCUCUGGGCACAGCCACGAGGCAAAAGAGAGUCCUGCAGCUCGAGCUGGUUCUCAUGCCAUGGUCCCUGGCUGCUUGGUUCUGGAGAGAGGAACUGCAGGAUCCAAGUCCCCUAGCAGAGUGGAAGCCAAUGCCCCCAUGGUACAGCCCGAUGCCUCUCCAGCCCCCUCACAGGAAGAGCCAGCUGAGAGCCGCUUGGAUGGUGGGGGCAAUGCAGAGAGCUGCCCAUCUCUACAGGACAGAGAAGCAAGGGUGCUGGAGACCAGUGCAGCCAGUGCCUCCUCAGAAGCCUGUGACUUUAAGGAAGAUGAGAGUGAUGAGGUGGUGACCCCCACUAAACCCAGGACCACAGAAGACCUUUUUGCAGCUAUUCACAGAUCCAAGAGGAAAGUGCUUGGCCGCAAAGAUUCCGAGGACGACCACUCCCGAAACCACUCUCCCUCCCCACCAGUGACACCCACUGGAGCUGCCCCCAGCUUGGCCUCUCCCAGGCAAGUGGGGUCGAUUCAGAGAAGCGUGCGCAAGAGCAGCACCAGCAGCGACAACUUCAAGGCCCUGCUGCUCAAGAAGGGGAGUCGCUCGGAUGCCAGCGCGCGCAUGUCGGCGGCCGAGAUGCUCAAGAGCACUGACCCCCGCUUCCAGAGAUCCAGGUCGGAGCCCGCGCCCGACGCCCCUGAGAGCCCGUCGAGCAAGAACAGGAGGGCGCAGGAAGAGUGGGCCAAGCACGAAGGCCUCAUGCCACGGAGCCUGUCCUUCUCCGGGCCCCGGUACGGCCGCAGCCGCACCCCUCCCUCAGCGGCCAGCAGCAGGUACAGCAUGCGGAACCGCAUCCAGAGCAGCCCGAUGACGGUCAUCUCCGAGGGAGAAGGGGAGGCCGGGGAGCCUGCGGACCCCAGAGCGCGCUGGGUGCUGGACGCGGCCAGAGAACGGUCCCUGGACGGACUGUCGCGCGAGCAGGUGAACCAGGGCCAUCUGCCAUGUGGCCCGGAGCUCAACGCCUUGCAGUCUGGGGCUCCUGGCCCCCCAGGUGGGACAGCCAGAGUAGAGGACAGGGACCCUUUGGAGCAGUGUCGGGAUGCUGGGAGGAAGGACAGUUAGGACCAGAAGGCACCUGAUCUGGAUGAGUUGGAGGACCAGAGGAGCUCUGCUCUGGGAAGCCUGAGGGGCCUUUCCUGGCUGUCCCUGGCCCCACUCAGCAUCGGUGCUGGGUAUCCAAGCACUGUGGAUCACUGAGGUCUCACUUGCCACUUGCCAUGUGGCUUAAAAGCAAGUAGAAGCUUAAACUUCUGAAAGUGCUUCCUGGGGAAGAUUUUGUUGUUUCAUAAAUGCUGGGCGUGUGUGUGUGUGUGUGUCUGUGUGUGUGUGCGCUGGGUGCAUUUUGAACACUUUCAUUUUUAAACAAAUAUGCACGCUAACAGCCUGUACAGAAGUAGGAGAAAGAAGGUCAGAGUUAAGCUAGGUAGAGUGAUAGGGUCUUCUGGACUAGUUGGCAUCUGGCUUGGGAGAAUUAUGUUUAUGGAAUUAGUGAGUCCUGGAGGAA